AGAAAAGGGGAAAAAACAAAAUUCCCCAAAGGGUGUGUUCUGUUUUCGCUCAUUCUAGAAACACCCAUAGGUCGGCAUUACAAGCACCAUAUUUCGGAAGCUGGAAGCUCACUCAUUUUUUUCUGCGUCCGAGAAUCGCAUUUUUCUAGUUCCUGCGCAUCCAAACGAGUCCUUAAUAUCGAACUUUCCUGAAGAUGGUGUUGAUAGAGCAUGAAGAGAGCAAGCAGAGAAACGCGAACCCCUCCAACGCCGCCAACGACGAUUCCGACGGCUUCGAAACCGCCAGCGACACCGAUCUGGCCGGUGAAGGCGACGACAGUGGGGCCGGCAUCCCGGAAGAACAGAAUCGCACCGAACAGAGUCAUACCGAGAAGCAGACGGAGCAAGAGCCGGAACACGAUGCUCCUCGGAGCAGCGAAUCAUCCGAGAACAAUGCCCUGAUCAGUGAAGAAGAAUCGAGACAGAAAGCAUUGAAUCAAGCAAAUGAAGCAAAGGUAGAAGGGAAUAAGCUUUUUGUAGAAGGGAAGUAUGAAGAGGCAUUAUUACAAUAUGAACUUGCUUUACAAGCAGCACCAGACAUGCCUUCAUCUGUGGAAAUACGGUCAAUAUGCCAUUCAAACCGUGGUGUGUGCUUUCUGAAACUGGGAAAAUAUGAUAACACAAUUAAAGAAUGCACAAAAGCAUUAGAAUUGAAUCCUGUGUACAUUAAAGCUUUGGUAAGAAGAGGAGAAGCUCAUGAAAAGCUUGAGCAUUUUGAAGAGGCUAUUGCUGAUAUGAAAAAGAUCUUAGAAAUUGAUCUCUCAAAUGAUCAAGCUAGGAAAACCAUUAGGCAGCUAGAGCCCCUUGCUGCAGAAAAACGGGAAAAGAUGAAGGAGGAAAUGAUUGCAAAACUGAAAGACAUGGGCAAUUCUGUCCUGGGCCGCUUUGGGAUGAGCGUAGACAACUUUAAAGCUGUCAAAGAUCCAAACACUGGUUCCUAUUCUAUCUCAUUCCAACGCUAAUUUAUGUAGAGCAAAGUCAUAAACAGCAGCAAGCAAGAAAGAGGCAGUCUAAAGUGAUACAGGUUUUAGACUCAGUUGUGCAUGCAAGUUAUUUGGAAUAUUUGAAUGUUAGUUAUGUAUGAGAACUAGGGCAUGUAACAUUUCCUUUGAAAGGGCAUUAAACUGCAUUAAGGCUUCAGAACACGUCAAUUGUUUUGAACUUUUGAAAAAUACUACAUUCGUCCCUAUUUAUAUGACGUUGACUAAUUUAUGUAUAUUAGUAUUAAAUUUGUCUAUAAUUGUAAUAUUUUCAAACUUUGCCCUUAA